AUGGGUGUCGAGACAGAAACCCACCAUGGGGAAUCCAUCACCCCCGCCCCCCAGCCUCAAUACUCCAGCUCCGACUCGGUGGCGGCUGAGAAGCCCCUCGAUCUCGGAGUCAACACCCCCAUCCCCCGGCUGACCCUUCGGUCCGCCAUCAUGGGGCUGUUCGUCUCCAUGGGAGGUCUGCUGUUCGGAUAUGACACUGGUCAGAUCUCCGGCUUCCAGGAGAUGAGCAACUACCUGCACCGGUAUGGUGAAUAUAGCAACGGCAAGUGGGGCUUCAGCCAUGUUCGCUCGGGUCUCAUCGUCGGUCUGCUGUCCAUUGGUACCCUGAUCGGUGCUUUGGUCGGAGCUCCCAUUGCCGACCGACUUGGCCGCAAGUGGUCCAUCACCUUGUGGAACAUCAUCCUGAUUGUCGGUAUCAUUGUCCAAAUCACCUCUCCCGCCGGUCACUGGUGGCAGAUGGUCAUCGGCCGUUGGGUUACUGGUCUGGGUGUCGGCGGCUGCUCGCUGCUCGUCCCCAUGUACCAGGGUGAGAGUGCCCCGCGUCACGUCCGUGGUGCCAUGAUCAGCUGCUACCAGCUGUUCGUGACACUGGGUAUCUUCGUCGCCUACCUGAUCAACCUGGGAACCGAGAGCAUGGACGGCACUGCCCAGUGGCGCAUCACGCUCGGCCUGACCGUCGUCUUCGCCUUGAUCUUGGGCGGCGGCAUGGCCUUCUUCCCCGAAUCCCCGCGCUUCGAGUACCGUCACGGUAAGAUCGACAGCGCCCGGCGCACCAUGGCCAAGCUGUACGGUGUGCCCGAGAACCACCGCGUCAUCGUCCAGGAACUCUACGAGAUCCAGAAGCAGCUCGACGCCGAGUCCGGAGUGCAGGUGUGGCACGAGUUCCUGACCGGCCCGCGCAUGCUCUACCGUGUCGCCCUGGGCAUGCUCCUGCAAUGCCUGCAGCAGCUCACCGGCGCCAACUACUUCUUCUACUACGGAACGACCAUCUUCCAGGGUGCUGGUCUCUCCAACAGCUUCGUCACCUCCGUCAUCCUCGGCGCCGUCAACUUCGUCACCACCUUUGGCGGUCUGUACGUGGUUGAGAACUUUGGCCGCCGCAAGUCCCUCAUCUUCGGCGCCGGCUUCAUGUUCUGCAUGUUCCUGAUUUUUGCGUCUAUCGGCCACUUUAUGCUUGAUGUCAACGAUCCCACCAACACCCCCGACGUCGGCAAGGGCAUGAUCGUCCUCGCCUGCUUCUUCAUUGCUGCAUUCGCAAUGACCUGGGGCCCCAUGGUCUGGGCCAUCGUCGCCGAGCUCUUCCCCUCCAAGUACCGCGCCAAGGGCAUGGCCCUCGCCACCGCCUCCAACUGGCUCUGGAACUUCCUGCUCAGCUUCUUCACCCCCUUCAUCACCGGCGCCAUCGACUUCGCCUACGGCUAUGUCUUCGCAGGAUGUCUGCUCGUCGCCGCCUUCGUCGUCUACUUCUGCGUUAUUGAAGGCAAGGGCCGUACACUCGAGGAGAUCGACUGGAUGUAUGUGAACCAUGUGGCGCCGUGGCGGAGCAGCAAGUUUGAGAUUCCGCAGACGGAGUGGGAGGAGGGACCGGGUGCGCAGACCCGUAAGGAGGAGCAGGCCUUCCAUGCGGAGAUUGCCUAG